CUCUUCGACGGUCAGUCGCUCCGGUAAGCAACCUUCGAGCCGCGAUGUCCUUCAAGCUGAUCAUCUCCGUCGCUUUGCUCGCCGUCCUGGCGCAAGCCACGUUCGGCCACAAGGCGUACUCCUUCCAACACCACCAUGGACCCGUUGUGGGACACCAUCAGCCUGUCCAGUGGGUGGACAAGCACGGUCAUCACCACCUGGACUACGUCGCUCAUCCCAAGUACUCGUUCGCCUACGGAGUCGAGGAUCAUCACACGGGCGAUUUUCACGGACAAAAGGAACACCGCGACGGAAAGAAUGUCGCCGGUGAAUAUUCGCUCAAAGAACCAGGCGGCAAUGUGCGCACGGUGAAGUACCACGCCGAUAAGGACGGCUUCCAUGCCGUGGUCCACAACAGCGGUGGAAAUGACCACUCUAGCGCCUACGCUCACGGUCAUUAGAGUCCUGCGAUGUCGUUAGCCGUUUACGAAGUUGUUCGCUAUUGCUGUACUGCACGAUGUUAAUUAAUAAACUGAAUGUUUCAUAAA